AUGUUACGGCAGCCGUCCGCGGAGGAUCUAGAUGCCGCUCAUCAGCUAGUCUCAUCCGCUCGAGGCGAGAGGAUCAGUCCUCCGAGAACCAGCGAGAGCUCGUUCGUACAAGCAGCGCCCGCGACCACCUCUGUCGAGCAAUCGGAGCCGCAAGCCGACACAGAGAUCCAGCAGCAGGAUGGCGAUUCCGAAAGCAUUGAGCGAGACCCUGCAGGAGGUUUCAAUCAAAUAUGCAGCAACUGUGGCACCACCAAAACACCGCUCUGGCGGCGAUCACCGGCAGGCAACACAAUUUGCAAUGCAUGCGGGUUGUACCUCAAGACACGGAACACAAUGCGCCCGACCAACUUCAAGCGCCAUGCAUCAAAUCCUCCACCAGAAACUGGUAGGCAACGUGUCGAAGCUUCUCCCGUCGCUCCUGCACCAGUUGCUGCACAGACUCAGACUUCUAGACCUCCACUAAAAGAAGCGGAGCAUACAGCAGGCUCAUGUCCAGGUGGUGGAAAUUGCAACGGUGCUGGUGGCGCUGAGGGUUGCGGCGGAUGUCCAGCAUUCAACAAUCGUCUCGCACGAGCACAGAAAGGUGUUGCAAAUGCGCCGCCUGCCCCAGCGAACCCACCGCAGAGCACUGUGCAGAACGAUGAGCCCAGUAAUGCAAACACUACCAGCGCCCCAUCAGGCCCACCACCUACCACCACACCAUCUACCCAAUCCUCAAUGCUAGUUGCUUGCAAAAACUGCGGCACAACAUUGACACCUCUUUGGCGCCGGGACGAGUCAGGACAUCCAAUCUGCAACGCUUGCGGUCUUUACUUCAAACUCCACGGAACACAUCGGCCGGUGCAGAUGAAGAAAGCCACGAUCAAGCGCCGGAAACGAGUAGUACCUGCGUACUCGACUACCCCAAGCCUUGCGGCCCUGACGCCACGUUCCGAAACUGCCAGUUCGCCAGGUGAACUUGCCGGGUCAACCUCGCCCGAGCCGAUGGCAGAUGACGUCGAAAUGAGCGGCUACGAGCCCACCGAGCCAUUGGAUCCGAAUCAGCCCGCGGUGAAGAGGCGGAAACCACAAGGGCACAUGCCGGUUGAUUUCACGGGAUACAAUCCUGCGACACCGGCACUCUCACAUCGGAAUGGGAACACUCCGCCGCCGCGACUUCCGCCACUCAAAGCAGGGUCGCCGCCGACGUCCGCGCCACUAGAUACGAGGCCGCCAUUGGAAAGCACAGGAGACGCGUGGAGGGCGAAGAUCAUUGCACCGACGAGCUCUAUCGACCCGGCUCUGCAAGCUGGUGGAGACCGUGCAGGUGGUGAGGUCAACGGGAAGGAGGAGAAGAGGGCAAGACUCGCGCGUGAGAUGGAAGCAAUGAGGGCGGCGCUGAAGGCGAAGGAAAGAGAGAUGGACGAGUUAUAA